AUGACCUUUGACCCCAAUUACUCUGUGACACUUAUAGCUAAAACCAAGCCUAAUGAGAAGAUCGAUCCAUGCGAGAAGCUUAACUGCACCCUCGGCUCGCAGUGCGUACGCAGCAAGGACGGCACCGAGGCCAAAUGCGAGUGUCUCGAAUCGUGCCCGAGCCUCGGGGACCACGAAGGCGCGGGUCCGGUAUGCGGUACCGACGGCGUCGACUACCCGAGCCUCUGCGAUCUCAAUCGACAGGCAUGCGCCACCGCCGCCAACAUCUCCGUCGCUUUUCGCGGCAAAUGCGAUCCUUGCGCGGGGGUGACGUGCACGGAACCGGAAGUCUGUCAGUUGGACGCCUCGAGACAGCCGUCCUGUCGCUGCAGCGAACAAUGCGGCCUUGAAUUUUCACCUGUCUGUGGCAGCGAUGGUAAAACAUAUUCCAACGAGUGCAUCUUGCGCCAGGAGGCCUGCAAAUCUCGGCUUCAGCUCCGGAAAAUUUACAACGGCGAAUGUAAUUCCGGGGUGAAUCCGUGCGACGGUGCCAAGUGCGGCUCCCAGGAGCAGUGCGCGAUCGAUCGCUACGGCAUCGCCAAGUGCGAGUGCGGCCCCGAGUGCGAGACCGUAAUGAGGCCCGUCUGCGCCAGGGGUGGUACCACCUACGUCUCCCUCUGCGAACUCAAGAGGCAGGCCUGCCUCGCCAGGACGACCGUCGAGGUCGCGUACACGGGCGCCUGCGGCUCCAAGGGCCCCUGCUCCGAGAAGAUCUGCCAGUGGGGCGCCGUGUGCACGGAGAGCGAGGACGCGGGUGUCUGCGAGUGCCCGAGCUGCAGCGCCGAAUUCCAGCCGGUUUGCGGCGACGACGGCAUCAGCUACGGGAACGAGUGCAAGCUGCGCCUCGAGGCCUGCCAGCACCGACGCGACAUACGCGUCCUCUACCACCAACAAUGCAAUGGCUGCGAGAACACGAAGUGCGAUCAUUACGGCAAGUGCGAAAGCGAUGCCAGUGGCCAGGCAAAGUGUGUGUGCCCGAGCGACUGCGAGGAACCGGAGACCGGGAGUUCAAGUAUAGUUUGCGGCUCCGAUGGGGUGACUUAUGAAAGCGAAUGCGAAUUGAAGAAAACUUCUUGCAGUGUCCAGACUUUGGUAGUGGUCAGUUAUAAAGGGGAUUGCGAACUCUGCUCCAACGUCGAGUGCGACAACGAGGCCCGAUGCGAGGCCGGUGUCUGCGUCUGCCCCUUGAGCUGUCCGGAGGCCAGUGGAGCCUACGUCUGCGGCAGCGACAGCAAGACCUACACCUCGGAAUGCGAGCUCCAGAAGGCGGCCUGCGAGCGCGAUCCCAAUCUUUCCGCCCUACACGUCAACUACUACGGCGAGUGCGGACAAGGAUUUCCCGUCGCUGCUCUCACUACCAUGUCGACGUCGUCGAUAACGCGCCUGGUGACGUCGGCGGAGAUGACGUCUGACCUGGAGCUCGAGGCUUGCCGCAACAUCCACUGCGACUUCAAUGCGACGUGCGAGCUCGGUGACGAUCACUUUCCCCGCUGCAGCUGCAAGUUCGACUGUGCCUCGAUCGCCCCGGAGAAUAUGCAACCGGUUUGUGGUAGCGACCUGCGCACCUACUCGAGCAAAUGCCACAUGCUUAUGGAGGCCUGCCAACGCCAGCAAGAGCUUAGGCUCAGGCCCCUCGACCUCUGCCAAGGCAUGGAGGUGAAACCCUGUAACGGAGAGCAGCCCCUGGUUGACUCCGAGGGCAACGAAUACGACUGCGGCAGCGGACCGAGUCGCAAGGACUGCCCCAGUCACACGUACUGUCAUCAAACCCCGAGAUUUGCUCGCUGCUGCAAGAAAGGCAUGCAGAUCCUGAAGUGCGAGGACUCGUGGCACGGCUGCUGUCCGGACGGGAAGACCGCGGCCCUAGGGCCCGAGGGGGCCGGCUGUCCGAAUCUCUGCAACUGCAACCGGCUGGGCAGCCUCUCGGACACUUGCAGCCCCGAGACCGGGCAGUGCGAAUGCCGGCCCGGAGUGGGAGGACUCAAGUGCGAUAGGUGCAUGCCUGGAUACUGGGGCUUGUCCAAGAUCGAUAAGGGACACCAGGGCUGCAUUCCUUGCGGCUGCUCGCUAUUUGGCUCGACUCGCGAGGAUUGCGAGCAAAUGACGGGACUGUGCGUUUGCAAGUCGGAAAUCCAGGGAAAGAAGUGCACGAUAUGUACCGAUCAUAAUAAGAUUCUAACCCCUAAAGGAUGCCAGCCAGCGGAUGCUGUACUCCCGAUACCCAGUAGCUGCAACGAGCUCGAGUGCUACUCGGGCAGCCACUGCACGGAGUCGAGCGUCGGGGUCGCGGGACCGCGCUGCAUCUGCCCCGUUGGCUGCCCCGAGGAGACCCCGGCCGUCUCCGUCUGCGGUAGCGACGGCCAGACCUACGACAACGAGUGCGAGCUACGGCUCUACGCCUGCCGCUACCAGACGGACGUCGUGCCCCAGGCAUUUGGCCACUGCCGAGACGAUUCCAUGACCAACACGGAUUUCCCAGUGAAGAGAUUCACCGCUGUGCACUACACACAGCCAGCAGCGGCGAUUUCGCCUCUAUCCAAGUCAACGAGGCACUUGCUCGUACCGGAGCCCGACGCCCGCUACUACUACACCAAUCGAGCCCAUCAAGAGACUAUUCCUGUUGACAGGAAGAAUCUCAAACAUGGCUCUGCGGCGGCCUAUCGUCCAACGCCGGCGACAAUUAGGGUCGUAACUCCCUUGCUGGGCGACUUUUGCAACGACGACAAGGACUGCGGCAUAUCGAACAGCCUUUGCAUAAACGGACGCUGCAUUUGCACGGAUGGCUUUGCUGAAACUAGCGACAGGCAAGAGUGUUCUAGUUUAGCAAACUACGCGCCGGUGACGCCGACGGAGGAGAUCCGUGCCUGCCUCUCGUUCCCCUGCCACAUGUCCGCUACGUGCAUCGACUUGCCCGGUGCCACCUACAUGUGCAACUGCCUCGAGAACUACACAGGCUUCCACUGCGACGAGGAGAUCAACCGGCGAGUGUACGAAGCUUCCUUCGACGGGAAGAGUUACGUUCGCAUGAAUCGACUGAAAGCCUAUUAUAAGCUGAGCAUCGAGGUGGAGUUCAAAACUUACGCGGAGAAUGGCAUCAUCGUGUACAACCAGCAGAAGCAGGAUGGCACCGGUGACUUUGUUUCGUUGGCCAUCGUCGACGGUUUCGUCCAGUUUCGAUACAAUUUAGGUAAUGGGCCUGUUAUUCUCACUUCACCCGAACGUGUCUCGAUGAAGACGUUCCACAGGGUCACCGCUAAAAGAUAUCACAAAGACGGGGUUCUACUAUUUAACGAAAAUGAGGAGGUCGCAGGUCAAAGUGAAGGAAUGUUGAAGAGUCUUGACUUGAAUCAAGAUACGUUCAUUGGCAAUAUACCGACUAAUUAUAGCAAGUGA